GCUGCGCACAAAGCAACACCUUGCGAUACACUACGAUUUAAACGAUUUUAUUUACAAAUUUAUCUGCGGAUUUAAAUUAUAUUCCAAAAACAAACAUAAUGUCUAUGGUUAACGUAAACACGCAUACUCCAUUGGACAUGGAACUUGGAAUCUUUCAUAAUGACGCAGAUGAGAUGUUUCUUAGAAGACUCUCAGUCUAUGCGACCAUUAGGUCAGGCGACCUAAAGAACGACGUUUCAAACAGACGGACAGACGGCCACAAAUCUCUGGCGGACCUCUUCAAAGUGUGGGAUAUCAAGGAACAGGCUGAGCUUGAUUGUGAUGAAAAUGAUCACGACCAUCCUUUGCCCGAACAGUUGGAGAUGAGAGAACACGAAUUACUUGUUAAAGGAUUUGAAAUUGACAGUCGCAUAGCCCCGGGUUUCCGCUACAACGUGCGUUAUAUUGGGACCAAUGAGUACCUCUUCAACGGAGAAGCGAGAAGACUCAAUUCAAUAGGUCUUGGUUAUGGUCGACGAAUGACAUUCCAGGGGAACAGCUUGAACUUUAAUGACUGCUUUUUCUGGUCAGACAGCAUUCCAAACGGUUACGCUCUCAAUAUACAGGCAUUAAAGGAGGGAGAUGUUUUCAUUAUCGUGGAUGCUGAUCAACAAGAAGUUGGCUCUGUUGAAGUCCAGAAAGUGGACUUUCCUCAGAUUGAAAAAGACACUUUUAUUGAUGAUAAUGCCGUCGUAAAGAACGUAAAAGUACGCUUCGCAUGCUUUUUGAAAAUGUUUAACCAUCACAGUCAAAACUUGAUGAAUGUAAACACACAAGAUUUUGAAGUGGUCGAAGGCACUGCACAAUUAGUGAAAGAAAAAGGGUCCAAAGAAGCUGUUGUGAGAUGUAUCAACGACGUCCACUUCAGUUCAAUCGGAAAUUGCACGCUUCAUAGCGACCCUUGAACUAACUAUCUAUUUGGUUUGCAAGAACCACUCCAGUGAAAAAAUCCGCUUUAAAUCUGCUGAGUGCAAAUUUAAGGUAGGCUGCGCGCAGUUAUCAAUGAGCACAUUGUGUACAUAAAACUACCACAUUUAUAUUGCUAUUGUUAUUCGAAUACAUUGUAAGAUUAGUGCUUUGUGUUUGAUUAACUUGUAGUGCACAAGUGUCUCGGAGUGCCAUUUUCCACUUGUAUAUAGAGUUUAAUUAUAAUCAUCAUGUACAUGUUCAUGAGAUUUUUUAUGUUAGUUUCUUUCCUUGUUGAUAUAUUAUUUUUGUUAUUGUUAUUUCAAUAAAAACAUUGAAAAUAUGAAA